AUGGAUUUUGACAUUAUCCCGUUUGAAGAUAUCCAAGGGGACUGGAGAAGAUUAGGGUCCGGGUCUUUUGGAAAUGUAUACAAAGGAGUCUAUUUGGGCAUCGAUGUAGCAAUUAAGGAGGUCUUACCCUCAAAGGACUAUGAUGUCGCAAAGUACUUUGAGCGAGAAUGGCGCUUGAUGAAGGAAGCCCGCCAUCCCAAUGUCGUUCUGUUUCUUGGAUUGUCCCGUGCACCACCCCCCGACAACCGAAUCUUUAUUGUUUCCGAAUUUAUCGACAACGGGAAUCUUCGUCAGUUGAUUCACGAUACGCGACAACCCCUUGAGUGGCCACUUCGUUUAUCUGUCCUUACGGAUAUUGCGAGAGCGAUGGCCUACCUACAUGCGCGUCGCUGUAUCCACCGGGACCUCAAAGGCGAGAACUUGUUGAUGACGGCGAACGGUCGCGUCAAGGUCACCGAUUUUGGUUUUGCAAGAAUUGCUGCUAGGAACGAUGAUGAAAUGAGGCGCCUGACAUUCUGCGGCACGGACAGCUAUAUGAGCCCAGAGAUCCUUAAAGGGGAUGAAUUUGAUCUCCCGACUGAUGUGUUCUCGAUGGGUGUAAUAUUUUGCGAAGUCAUCGCUCGUAAACUCGCGGAUGACUAUGUGUUCAAGCGCUCAGCUCCGGAUUGGGGAAUGGACCCUGAUGAACUCAAGACUCGUGCUUCACCAGGAUGUCCUCCUGAGCUUGUUGCUCUGGCUCUAGAUAUGUGUGCGGUCGAUCCUCAUGCCCGACCCUCUAUGCGCGAAGUACUAGCUCGUCUUCGAACGAUCGAACUUGGUGUGCUUGAGAAAGCUGGUGACGCGCAUGUAGGAAGUGUCAAAUUCUUCACAGCUGGACGCAAGCGACCAGGGCCAGCCCUCCGCAUACCCAGUUUUGGUAUGGGGGUUGGGAGUGAAAUACGCAACAAGGAUGGUGAUGCCGAGUUAGACACCAAGCAUGAAGCAGACGCGGGCAUAGGAUCAGACAAGGAGCUCGAUGACGCGGUCCGCAGCCUCGAGAAUAUUCGCAUCAGCAAGGGUCCAGCCAAUAUUUUACCUCCUGAACACGGUUAUACGCCUGCGUCUGAGAAAAGUCGAUGGGAAUCGCCGAGAUGGGAUGGGAAUUCGAUGUAUUAUACCCAACGCUCGGGUGACUUUGGUUACAUUCCCAGCGAGCCAGGGUCCGACUCGACGUCACCUCUGUUGCACGAGACCCCGAAUCCGGAAAUAGACAAUACUCACUCUCAAUUAUCGAGUUACAGUGAGACGGUGGUACAAAUGCAUAGGGGAGAUCUGGGAACUUCAACUCCUUCGGUCAAUACUGCUGUUCCUUCCGAGCUUCCUGCCACUGCUGCUUCUCAUUCAUCUCCUCAAAAUUCAGUAUCUGUUUUAACCGUUCGGGCUUCACCUGUGAUCACUACCAAUGCGCUGCACGGACCAGCUAUCCAAUCCGAAUCUUCAUCCGUACACUAA